AUGGCGAGCGAGACGCUCCACGAGGAGGUUGCCGGCAACGUGUGCGACUGGUGCCAGACAAUCUGCGACCCGGCGGUGCAGGAGCUAAACGCGCUCACGUGUUCCUUCGCCGAGUGCCCAGAGACGUCCAUGUCCUAUCACCAGACAUGCCUGGAGAAGUACCUCAAGAGCAUCAAGCUGGACAAGGGUCGCAAGACCGGGUUCGCGUGCCCGCGCGGCUGCGGCGCGAAGACCUGUUACGACAGGCCGUGCCCGGGCCGCAUCCUCAAGUCGCACCCGAUCCACGUCGUCAACGAGGAGGGGAAGAAGCGUCGCAAGGCCGCCGCGGUGGCGCACGCGGGGGACCAGGCGCCCAAGUUUGGACCCGCCGCCAAGGCCGCCAAGGCGCACGCUGCUGAGCAGGCGAAGCGUGAAAAGGAGCUCAAGAUGGCGAAGGAUGCCGAGAAGAGACGAAAGGAAGAGGAGAGGAUGGCGGCCGCCGCGCGCGCGAGGCAGGCGGACAAAGACGCGAGCAAGCGCGAGCAUAAAGCCGCGGAGGAGGCGCGGAAACUCGCGGAGGCGAGGGAGCUCGCGGCCGCCGCAAAGCGCGAGCUACAGCUGGCGAGAGGGGGCAGCGGCGAACUUCGAAGGAGCUCGCUGGACAAGCCCGCGCGGGGACCCAAGCCGGGUCCGACUCGCGGCACGGACCCGUCGUGGGACGCGCGCGACGCCUUCGCGCCCCCGCCGCGGAGCGCCACCAUCUCCCUGAGCGAUCUCUUCGGCGAGGUGGACGUCAACUCGGACGCCGGCGGAGGGGGAAGCAGCGUCAACGGCUCGGAACGAGACGGCGGCGACGACUGGCCGUCCAUGGGCGACGCAUCCUCCGCGUGGGGCCCGAGGCAACAGCAGCACCAACACCAACAACAACAGCAUCAACAACAGCAUCAACAUCUACAACAACAGCAUCAACAGCAUCAACAGCCGCGAGCGUUUCCGCCUCUGAACGCGGGUGGGUCGUCAGAUCGACCGCCCCGCCCCCCCCGUUCGUCGCCCGAGCAACAGGCGCAAAUCCCCGGCCGGCCCGGUUCGCACCACCACCACCACCCGAGCGCGCCGUCGUCCUCGUACCCGUCCGCGCCGUCGUCUUCGUACGGCAUGACGCGGACGCCCUCGAACGUCACGAUGGCGUCCAGCCAGGGCGACGCGAAUGAGCACACAAACGCAGCCGGCGUCUUCCCCCCGGGCGUCGAGCGCGCGGCAGCUUCGCCGAUUCUCGGCGACGUCGGCCCGGUGACUCACCAGCGCCGCGCGUGCGUCCGCGCGAUGCUCCGCCGCGCCGCCAAGGAGCAGGUGGAGAGGUUACGCGACAUGGGUUUUGACGAGUGGCGGUGUAGGCUCGCGGUGAUGCGUUUCGGCGACGACGCCGACGGCGCCAGCAUGUGGCUCAUUAACCACGGCGAGGGCGACUCGGUUGAUGGACAGACGGAGGAGGACGCGCGAGACGCCCAGCUGGAAGGGGCGUCUAACCUGGACAUCGACCGCGACCUCGCCAACCUGCGCGAGGUGUAUCACCUCGGCUUCGACGUACACUCGGUUGACGAGGCGGUGGCGACGUGCAAGGGCGACUUACACCUCGCCGUCGCCUCGUUGUUCCAGCAGCAGACGUUCGGGGUGAGCGGCGUCGGCUUCUCCCCCGGCGCGUCGCACCAGAACCAGCACCGGACCCACGCGAUGCAGUCCUCGAACGCGCCGACGCGGCAGCACGCCGGCCGCCACCACGACGCCGGCCCCGCGACGCCACCCGGCGUGCCCAGCUCGAGGCACUCCUCGUGGGGCGGCGACCUCUCGGGGUCCGGGACGGGCUCGGACGCGGACCUCGAUCCGUUCGCGGCGGCGGCGGCGGGCGGCGGUGGGAGCCUGUUCGGCGGCGGGGGAAGCGGCAGGAGCGAGAGCAGGUUCUUCAACACCGCGUCGGCGGCGGGCGACGACGGAGGUAAGGCGGCUUCCGGGGAGGCUUCCGGUGCGUUUGGAGCCGGGGCGGCGAGUCUCUUCGGCGGCGGAAGUCUCUUCGGGGGCGGCGGCCUGUUCGGGAACCUCGCCGGGAACGGCGGCGGCGGCGGCGGCGGCGAGACGUGGAACGGCAUCGCCGCGGCGAACGGAAACGGGGGAGCGAACGGGUGGCAGUGAAGAACCGCAACCGACGAACGUUGUUUGAAAUCAGAAAUCAGAAAUCAGACCCGACUUGACGCGACACGACGGAAUCCGUCUCUACGACCCGGUCUACGCGUCUCCCCCGUCGUCCUUGUUCUGUUUGCUGAAGACCCCGAGACGGUUGAGCAUCUGCAUCUUCGCCCACGCCUUGCUCGCGGCGGCGCUCGCGGCCUCGUCCCCUUUCUCCAUUCCCAUCUCGUUCAUGUAGGACAGGGCCGCGCCCUUGCCAGAACCCGCUUCUGCCAUCGCAGCCGCUUUAUUAGCUUCGUCUCUCGCAUCCGCCUUGCCGCCCCUGUUACCCAUCGAAUCAAACAGACUGAGUCCACCGCCAGAGACCUCAGCCUCCAGCUUCUUGCGAAGCUCCGAACCGCGCGACGCCUGCCGCCGGACCACGCCAGCCUCUUCCGCCUUGCGACGCAUCUUUGCCUCCAACUUGGCCUGCGCGCGCUUGGCUUGCUCCUGCUUGACUUCAAACUUGGCGGCUCUGGCUGCGUCCAACUCCCUAUCCACUUUUCUGAGUGCACGCUCCCGUGCCGCCACGUCGGCAUCCACGCGGUCUUUCCACGCCACCGCGUCGACCAGCACGCCCUUGCUGUCCCUCAGCUUGAACUGCAUCUCCUUCAACACGUCACCGUUGAUGGAGACGUACUUGCGCAUGAGCUCCCUCUGGUCCUCGCACUUUUCGCGCUUAUCCUUGACGUCGUUGACACACGCCAGUAGGUACGCGUCUGCCCGGUCUCUCUCCUCUUUCGCAAUCUCCAGAC